AUGUCUUCAACUUCAGCUUUAAGUCGUGCAGUUAUGAAAAAAAAUUCCGUCCCUAAGCUCCUUGAACUUUGUUAUAAGAAAUUAAUUUCCCAUAAACAUCGUAGGUCUUGUGCAUAUGUCCUUGUAAAAACUAUUAAUGAAUUAAGAAGUCUGGAAGAAGCAAAUCCCCACCUUAUGGAUGAGGACAUGGAAUUAUGGAAGGAUCAUUUUAUCCGAGAUCAACCAAACCUCUCAAGAAAGUUUGUUGAUUCUGAUAAAAAGGAUUGGCCUAGUGCACUUGAAAAAUUACGACAAUCUAAAAAACAGCAUGAUCGACAAAAAGAAGAAAAGAAAAUAAAAAUUAUACCUGGUUUACAUGAUCCAUCUAGCAAUCGGAAGAAUGAUUAUUAUCGCCCAAUAUUUAAACAACAAGAGUCGAUUACGCCAGCAAAUAGUCAAGUUACUUUAAAAAAUAAUUUACGUCAUGAGCCCUAUCCUGUUGCUGCCAUUUCCUCUCAAAGGAGAGCAAACUCUGUCUUACCAAAUAAUCGUGCUCACUCUCAUGUAAACUCUCGUAUCACUAAUUCUGCUCCCUCUCGGACAUCUCACAUGGAUCUAAGUGGCCGUACAAGACCAAUAAAUUCUCGCGUCACAAAUUCUUCUGUACAACCUCAUAGAACUGUAAACACUGUUCCUAUCGCUCAAACAAGAAAACCCGCUUCAAGUGCUUCAAUCCAUUCAAGUAAAUCAUCUGCACAUAUUCCACGGAAUCGAAAUGCUAAUGACGGUGUCAAUCGUCGAACUUUAGAUUCACGGACUUCACAUUCAGUAACCAAAGCUAGCUCGCGCUCUUCAUUAACCGCCUCAACUAAAGUAAUUCCAAGGACUACCAAAUCAUCCGAUAACUCUCACAUUAUAAAGACGAAAUUGGAUGUUCGUCAGCAACUUUAUUCUAAGAAUCGUUGUGAUAUUCAAAAUGCUAAAACCGCUACCAUCAAAUCCUCUAAGCAACAUUUAAAGCCUAAGAAA